AUGCCAGCAUCCUGGAAGAAGAGAAGCAUUUUGUUUUUUUGCCACGGCAUCCUGACUGGUACCGGGGCGCCUCCCGGCCCACCAUCUGGGAAGGUCACGCGCGACAUCAAGGACCUGCAGCAGCAACUCACGCAGCUUGCGAAGGACUGGGAUGCGGAGGCGACCGCUGAAGAGAGCGCAAUUCUUGAUGAGGACCUUCAGGAUGUGGCGCCAGUUUUCGGCUUCCGUGGAAAGGCCUGCAAGAAGCAUUGGCUUCUGCGAGGUACAGCCCUCCAGAGCUCCGGCGGCUCUACGCCUGAAAAGGCGACCCAGCUCGUGACCCAGCUCGAAAGGCGCAUCUCGCGUCAGCUGUCGGGCGACACGGACUCUGAGGAACAGGAAGAGCGAGUCCCGCCACAUAAAGAAUUUCUGGAAGGCAAAGAAAAGCCGACGAGCUACAAAGAUGCCCUGGAGCAAGUGGGGGGAGAGAAGAAGUUGGAGGAGUUUAGAGAGCUGAGCAGAAGCCUCAUGGAAUCCUACAAGGUGGCUCCUGAGAUGGCGGAAGUGCUUUCGAGAGAUUCGAAGGCGCGACUUGCUUACAGCGUGAAGCUCAACUACCAGAAGUAUGUGAAUAAUCUGGACGAGCUGAUCGAGCGCUGCAAGAAGUUCCAAAAAGUCUUCUUCGACAAAGUCAAGGAGAUCGCGACGAAGACAGGUGGAAAGAAUUGCAAGCCGCCAUUAAAGUCCAAAGAGCGGUGCGAAGCAAAAGCGACGUUCAAGUAUCGCGACGCAAGCGGCGACGUGUCCUGGCACCGGUUGACAGACAUCGUCCGGGACACAGUGGUGUAUGGCAACCUGGACGACAUGUACGAGGGGCUGAAGCUCAUGCACCAGGACGGUGACCUGGAGAUUGUGGAGUUCAAUGACAGGUACUUCCAUCCCUUGGAUGGUGGCUAUCGCGACCUGCAGCUCACAGUGCGGAUCAGCGACAUUGUCUGCGAGCUCCAGCUGAAUGUCGCUGGCAUGAUCUACAUCAAGGAGGGUAGCGGACACCGCACCUUCGAAGUCGCGCGGGAGCUUGCAGCGGCUGUGGCCGAUACUGGAACGGAGGCUGUGAAGAGAGCUGGGAACAUCUUAAAGUGGGGCAAGGACCACUUGGGGAAGGAUGCCACGAAGCAGCUGCAGGAUAUCCUGAGCAGCAGCGAGAAGCCCUUGCUGCUCAAGGCAGCCCAGACAGGCAAUUCUCAGCUUAUGAGCAUCUUUUUGGAGCACCGUGCGAAUGUUAACGUGCAAGACAAGAUCUCGGGCCAGACCGCCUUGCACAAGGCGAUGGAGGGCGGGUACGAGCGUGCGAUGUGGCUGCUCCUCGAACACAGAGCUGAAGUGGACACAGCCGACACGAAUGGCAUCGUCCCGUUGAUGCAAGGCUUCUUGCAGUUGAGGAGCCAGCCAGACAGCGAGUUCAUCGGUAGGACGGUCUGCAUCCUCUCGCAGGUCGCCGGUAUGGUGCGCUUGAAAGCGGCCCAAGACAACCUGAAGAAGGUCGUCCAUGAUAAGCUGAAGCAGAACAGCCAAUUGUUGCAGUACUGCCAAGACGGUGAUGAAGUUUCAGUGCUGGAGUUGCUCAAAAACUACGCGGAUGCCAACUCGCCGAACGACAAGAAAGAGCGCCCGCUCCACAAGGCUCUGUCGCCGAUCGGAGGCUACCAGAAUCUAACAGAAAGGCAUCUCCAGAUUUGCCGACUGUUGGUGCAAUUCAAUGCCGAUUGCAAUCCGCGCGACGAAGAGGGACGCACACCUCUGGUGCUUGCAGUGCGGCUUGGAUCUUGUGAAGCUGUCCAAAUUCUGCUGCAGCAGAACGCCACGGCACAGACCGUGCAAGUGGAGGAUGUGCAAUACCUUCUGCGACCCACGGACGACUCCGAGAUCGCGCAGGUGCAGGCUGCAGCCCUGAAGCAGCUGCAUGUUGCCGGCUGCGAUUUCACAACACCAACCGCGAGAGACGAGCUGCCCACCUUCUUCGCCGCUCGCUGCAACAACACUGCGGCAUUGGAGGUGCUCCUGGAAGCCAGAUGCGACCCAGACCGGCCCAAUGCCAACAGAGACUUGGCCAUCACGGCUGCAGCUCGGGAUGGACAGACGGAAGCUGUGAGAUGGCUGCUGGAACACUGCAGAGUCAACCUGAAGGAUGCUCAGCGAGCCUUGCAUGCAGCUAGAGCUCAGCCGGACCACGAGGAGCUGAUAAGCCUGCUCGAGCGGAAGUGGACGCGUAUGGAACUGCCCAGUCUAAGCAGCAAUUUGGACAAAUUCGGUGGCAGAGGCGGAGAUGAGAAAGACGCAGAAAAAAUAGGCUUCCAGAGAUCUUUGACAGCAAAGCUCAAAGAGAAGGAGGGUCGCAGCAUUGGGAGACGUUACUAUGAGCUGGAGCUGCUGACCACAUUUGACUGGAUUCAGGCUGGUUGGGCCAGUGGCUCCUUUCAGGGAGACAAGGACUUGGGCAAGCAUCGAGAAGCUUGGUGUUGGGAAGGCAUGCUCGGGGGAUUCAUGGAGAAGAUCCGGGCUGGAAAAGCAGAGCAGGUCCGAGCACAACCGUGGGAGCCAGGCGAUAUCUUGGGCUUGGCACUGGAUUACACGGAGGGCAAGAUGCAACUUUCACACCAGGGCACCUGGUAUACAGAAGCUGAUUACAUGAUGGAAUUCGAGCCGAACGGUCGUGACUUGUAUCCUGCGAUCACCACGAAAGCCUGCUUGUUCCGUUUAAGGCUCGGGACGAAGGAAUGGAGUUUCAAACCUCCCUCCGAAGACUACAAGCCUUGGGCAGACGGAGUCGGUGAGUGGAACGUCAAGGACGAACAGUGGAGCUCUCGGAAGAUGAUCAGACGAACUUCCAGCGGCUCGGGCUCCGGCUCCAGCGUGGACUUCUCUGCGUACGACAGUGACGAGGAGAUGUAG